CAAUACUAUCACAGAGUUUGUUGUAUAACGAAACAGCAAAACAUUGAUCAUGGUCGAGAAGUUCGAAAAGAAGCAUGUUCCUGCAUCAGAGCCUUUACUUCUUAGCAUCGAUGAUCUGAGAGACGCCGCUUCCGCCAGACUCCCAGCUGGUGUUCGAGACUUCUACAACUCAGGCUCCACAGACCAGAUCACCCUUGCGGACAACUCCGGGGCCUACAGAAAGUAUAAGCUGCGUCCUCGGGUCCUCAGAGAUGUCUCAAAGGUAGACACAAGUGUGGAGGUCCUUGGCAAGAGGAUCGACUUCCCACUAUGCGUCUCACCAGCUGGGAUCCAGGCCAUGGCUCAUCCGGACGGCGAGCUAGCCACGAGCCGAGCUUGCGCAAAAAGGAACGUUCACAUGGGGGUAUCUUCCUUUGCAAAUUACUCCGUUGAGCAGAUAUGUGACGCGUCUCAGGCCAUCACCGCCAUCGGCCAUACCAUCCAGGUGUACUCGAUGAAAGACCGAGCGAAGCAAGAGCGCAUCAUCAAACGAGCAGAGAGCGCCGGCUGUGUCGCCAUCUUCCUCACAGCCGAUAGCCCGGUACUUGGCGUCAGAUACAACGAGCAUCACAACGACUUCCGGACUCCGGAGGGUCUGUCUUUUCCUAUGCUAGAGAGAACGUCCGAGAUGAUUCGCGCUGAUACGCACGAUGCCGGGUUUGUGGGAUUCAACAGUGACUACCACUCCUGGGCAAAAGAGAUCCCGUGGCUCAGAAGUAUCACCAAUAUGCAGAUUUGGGUCAAGGGUGUUUUGACUGCGGAAGAUGUGCUUCUAGCUCGCGAGUAUGGCUGCGAUGGAGUCAUUGUUAGUAAUCACGGCGGGAGGCAAUUGGAUGGCACGCCGGCGACUAUCGAUGCGUUACCAGAGUGUGUCGAGGCUGCCGCUGGUCAGAUACGCAUCCAUAUCGAUGGAGGGAUCAGAUCAGGCCAAGACAUAUUCAAAGCACUGGCGCUUGGCGCAGAGUGCUGCUGGGUUGGACGGCCAGCUAUCUGGGGUCUAGCGUAUGAUGGCGAAGCUGGCGUAUGUAAGAUGCUUAACAUUCUGUACACCGACUUUCGUCGUUGCAUGCAAUUGACGGGAUGCAAUUCGAUUGCUGACAUUAGCAAGUCGGCACUAGGCAUUGCAAGGAAAGACGGCCCGCUGGCCCGUUUGUGAGACGGACUGCUUGUAACCAUGGCUACCUCCAAUGAUAUUGCUGCACAACCCGAGGCGAUUCUCAAUGUUACCAGU